CCGGCCGCCGCCAUGCCCAAAAGAAAGGCUGAAGGGGAUACUAAUGGAGAUAAAGCCAAGGUGAAGGACGAGCCACAGAGAAGAUCGGCAAGGUUGUCCGCUAAACCUGCACCUCCAAAGCCAGAGCCCAAGCCUAAAAAGGCCCUUGCAAAGAAGGGAGAGAAGGCACCCAAGGGGAAGAAGGGGAAGGCCGAUGCUGGUAAGGAUGCCAAUAAUCCUGCAGAGAAUGGAGACGCCAAAACAGACCAGGCACAAAAAGCUGAAGGUGCUGGAGACGCCAAGUGAAAUGUGUGCGUUUUUGAUAGCUGUGUACUUCUGGUGACUGUACAGUUUGAAAUACUAUUUUUUAUCAAGUUUUAUAAAAAUGCAGAAUUUUGUUUUACCUUUUUUUUUUUUUAAGCUAUGUUGUUAGCACACAGAACACUUCAUUGUUUUGGGGUGGGGAGGAACAUGUGUCACUAGCAAUGUCUCCCAAGCUGAAUGAAUGAUGGUUCAUGAUGGAAAACAUCUUUCCCUGAUAAUUUUGAAAGACUCCUCUCGGCUCCCAGGAGAGACGUCCUGGGGACAUGUUGACAUAUGUGGCCACCAUGGCACAACAUGCCUUGUGUGGGAGAACUAAGUUCGUUUUUAUAUUCUCCUCCCCCUGUACCAUCAACAUAGACUUAACUCCCUUAAGACCAGAGACCUGUUGGAACCUGAUCCCCAAAAUUGGUUUUGCCAGUCUGUUGGGCAAUCUGGACUUUGCAGUGAUAUCAUUGAGUG